ACGAAAAAUGGGAGCAGUGUGCACUUUUGACCCUCCUAAAUUUUCCCCAAUUCUGACCGGAUGCAGAAGCGGAGUUUCACCCCCCUGGGAACACUAAGCAGUAGCGCCCCCUACUGUUGAAAAUCAAUCAAUUAAUUCGAUGAAAGGUUACACAAUCUCCCCACAUGCACGCCUGAAAUUAUGUAUCGCUGACUAGAAAUUACAUCAUCAAAGACCAGCGAAGAGUAAGAACCGUGUCGUCCCACUGAAUUGGUCUGAAUAGCGACAAAUAAGGAGACUUAAAAAGGGUAAUUGCUUGUAGGUGAACCAGGACAACUAAGUACAUCAUGGGAGGGUCUUUAUCCUCAUCUCAGACUGUCCAGGCUGCUACUGUCCAGAGUGUUCCAGCUGCAGGAGCUACAUCUCCACCGUCAGAGUGUCCCAUGCACCAGGGUGACUCUAUAACAGUACAGACCACUGUCAUUCCUGCAGAAUGUCCAAUGCACAACAAAGACACAUCUCCAUCAGCACCAGCUAAAGGGACCUCUGCAGACAUCCCACCUGAGUGCCCCAUGCAUGCAUCUACUGGUCAGACCACUGGAUCAGGGGACGGGUGGGUCAGUGAGUGCCCAAUGACGGCUGGAACGAAUACAUUGGUUGUAGACAACAAGACUGAUGACAUUGAUCCAGCAAACAGGAUGCCUCCUCCAAAUCAAAGACCUGCUCCAGACCAGCCGUUCAGCCUCUCCAUUGAACGACAGACCUCCAGCAUCCCUCGGGCAGGAAAGGAUGAGAAUUGGGUGUACCCAUCUCAACAGAUGUUCUGGAAUGCCAUGUUAAGGAAAGGAUGGAGAUGGCAGUCUGAUGAAAUACAGCAGGACGAUAUGCAUAACAUCAUCAAUAUCCAUAACGCUAACAAUGAACAAGCUUGGAAGGAGGUGCUUAAGUGGGAGGCAAUGCAUGCCAAAGAAUGCCCCUGUCCUAAACUGGCAAGUUUUGGUGGACGUUACAAUGACCUUUCACCCCGAGCUAAGAUGAGAUGCUGGAUGGGAUACGAGCGACCAUUUGAUAGACACGACUGGAUCGUCGAUAGGUGCGGUAAAAAGGUGCGAUACAUCAUUGACUAUUAUGACGGAGGUACGGUGGAUAAGAAGACAUUUGAGUUUGCUAUCCUUGAUGUCAGGCCUGCUAUGGAUUCACCAGGCGCUAUGUGGGAUCGUAUGAAAGCUGCGUAUUGGAGGUUUCUCUACAGCAAAUAACUUUGCCAGAUAAACUAUACUGAAUGUCAUUGCUUGAAUAUUUUACUUUGGUGCGGAUUGUCGCGUGUAUUGAAGAAAACACACAUUGGAAGAGAGAAAGAGUGACAUGCAGGGAUCCUACAAUGGCCUUUAUUACACUAUUUGCUCUGUUAGGUGAAAGGCAUAAGUUCUAUUAAGUUGGAUGACUGUACUCAGAGAUCCAUAGUACACAAAUUUGCCUUCAACAUUUUACUGAAAUGACUGCUUUAUCCAUACACUUCAGGAGAACACGGAGAGAGAUCAACUGUUGUCUCAUCUGUUGAUGCGGUCUUACCUUAUUUGCCAUUUUAUUUCUCUUCUGUUUAAUACAUGAUUAACAAUAACUUUAUUUCUAUAUUUUGAAAUACUUUAUUUUGCAUAUGAUAAAUAUUUGAAAUACUGAUAUCAGGCUGGAUAGGAUUGGUGUAAACUUGGCGGGAUUGAGUUUCCGAUGGUUGCAUUUAUUGUAUUUCUCUCAUUCAUGAUAUGAUCAAAAUAAUUUUGGCUUAGAAUAUAUGUGCUGGUACCAGUAACUUUUUUUGUGUGUGAUUCUGCAGCAUGAUUGUUAAAACUCUGCAGUACUUCUCACAAAAAGCCCUCUGUUUGCUGGUCUACCACCUGAUAUUGGAACAAAUGUCAGUUUGCAUAAAAUUUUCUGAAAAUAGUGUGAUCUUUUUUAAGGUUCCGGAUAAUUAAGAAUUUGGUUAAAUGCAAGCAUUUUUUUUAUUGAAUAAAUUACAAAUUGGUUUUAAAAUAUUCGCAAUUCAUACACCACCUCAUCUUCUAUGAUGUUUACAAUUUCAAUUCAUAUUUAUAUCUAUAAAAGACGGUUGAAAUAGAUGAAGUUCUGCUUUGAAAAUAUUCAGAACUGUAAACAAGAUAUAACGGAUCAGUACCCACCUAUUGUUCCUGCCUUCGUGCGUACGGUCCUGGGGAUUGGUAUAAAUACACUUCGUUUUCAGAUAAUUUUCGUCACUUGAUAAAGAGUUGCAGCGGCACUCGAAAGCUCGUGAACUUGUAAGCUAGUGAACACUUUUUGCGAGAGUGAUCACGAAUUUCCUAGAAAGCUAGUGAUCACUUAUUGCGAGAGUGAUCACGAAUUUCCUUGUUGACCAUAGUAGAUUGCAAGACAAAUGAAUUCCCUCUAGCGAUUAUUUCAGUCCGCAAUAAUGAACCUAUUUAGUAUUAGUAAGAUAUUCCAUGUUCACAUCAAAUGUUUUUAAGAUUUGUUCUGAAAUUGAGGUUUAGGUUUGUGGUCACCUCGAUCCUUGAAUAGUUUAAGCCUUGUUGUGGUAGGAAUGUCCUUUGGCAAGGUUUGCCACUCUCUACCCGGGUUUUAUGAAGGAUCUAUAAGGAAGGAUUUUCCUUAAUGUUGUGAGCAAUAUAUAUUGUAAUUGAGCCUUGUCUUCUCAGGCAAUUUUGGAGUACAUUCUAUGAUUUCAAAUUCAGUGCGUACAGCUGGGUCCCGUCUUACAAAGAGUUACAAUUGAUCCGAUCAACUGUAUGGAAAUCCAUCAAUAUCAAUUUUUUAUCAUAUUUCUUAUACAAGAAAAUUUGCACAAUGUCCUUUGUAAACAAAGAGAGAAGCUUACAUAAUUUAUCCGAUCCGAUCAACUGUAUGGAAAUCCAUCAAUAUCAUAUUUCUUAUACAAGAAAAUUUGCACAAUGUCCUUUGUAAACAAAGAGAGAAGCUUACAUAAUUUAUCCGAUCCGAUCAACUAUGGAAAUCCAUCAAUAUCAUAUUUCUUAUACAAGAAAAUUUGCACAAUGUCCUUUGUAAACAAAGAGAGAAGCUUACAUAAUUUAAAAAAUAAAAAAAUGAAUGUAUGAAUAUACGGUACAACAUAUCUAGAAAAUAUUGUGCAUAAACAUGAAUUCUAGAUGUUGACAUUGCUGGCUUUCCAUAGUUGUGGUUGAUUGGAUCAAUCGCAACUCGUUGUAAGACAGGGUCCAGGUUUUGAUGUUGUGUUGAUUUUGAUACUAGCCACAUGCACACCACAAAACUUUGAAUAUUGCUUUGACUGACAUGCCUGCUGUAUGUGUGCAUCACAUGAAGUAGGUCUGUGCAUAGAUAUAUAAUUUCUACUCCUGUAUGCGUUAAUAAAUAUGUAAGAAUGGUUAUGCACAUGGCUAGUUUUGGGGUAGCCCUUACUUGUUAAACUGACACCAGUGAGGAUGAAUGUUGAUUCUUACACAUAUCUAACCUGAAUGUCCACUUUCAGCAAAUGAUUUGUCAGUUUUCCAUUGUUCUAAGAACUUCUAACCAUAAAUAUAGUAGCCCGUAUUCUCAAAAUAGGUUUUAAUUGGACCAUGGUACAAACUUAGGUUUAUCCAGAUUUCUCAUAUUAUUGCACUUCCCUUUUAGUGUGCUCUGGCAGAAGCACAUAUUUCUUAGUGUAUGCAAUGAAAUGAGCGUAAUUAUAUACUAAAAUCUGCAUAGUCCAAGGCUUUGGACAAUGGUAUAAAUGAAACCUCUUUUGAGAAUACGAAACAUGCCAAAUAUGGGUAUUUACACUUUGUUUUGACUUUGAUAUCUACAUUUAUAUUUAUGCAGUUGUUGAAUGAUCCCCAGUAGUAUAUCUCAGGCUGUUGUUAUGUGUGAAUUGAGCGAGCAAUCAUGCUUCAUAAGUAUGAGCUUGUGAUGAGUAAUUGCAUCCUGACUCUACCUAUACACGUUAUUCAGGGAAGGACCUAAUAAAACACCAUUGUGACAAUUUAUUGACAGGAAGGUGUACUAAACAUUACCUUAUCGUAACAUCACAGUUGGUGAUAAUUUAAUUUACUAUACUAUGCAACAUUGUGCAGAGCGUUCAUGCCAACACAAGUCAUUAUGUAUCACUGUAGAUUAGUGUUCUUGAAUAUAUAUAUAUUUCUGUUGAGAAGCAGAACUAUUGGACUCUCAUACUUUCUCCUGUUAAUAUAUAUGACAUGGGCUUGCAUUUGAAGAACACACACCAGGAAUGGCACUGACAAGGGUUUGACAGUUGACCCAUCCAAUUUCCUGAUAAUUUGGGUAUAACACUCGAUCGUAUCGACUCGAUACUAUCGAGUGUUAUAGUAGCACCUUCGAUCUCCAAUGUCUUCAAUACGGUUUUACCAACCUAUGAACUGCAUGGCAAGAAAAUUUGUAACUGGCGGUAUUAACAAAUUUUACUUGAAGAUAUAUGUGAGUUUAAUAUUUGUAUCUGAUGUUUUGACAACUGCUUUAACAGAAGUUUGCUCUCUGGAAUGCAUAAAUUUAUGCUUAUUGGGAUUGAUUCCCAUUUUACAGUAUUGAAUAAAAUUGGAAUCUAUUUAAAGAAGUGAUUAAAGAAUUUGAAAAUUUCCCUUGUGUUGUAACAGUGCAAUUUUGGGAGAGUAAUUGAUGAUUUGAUUCCAGUUUAUAGAAUUGAAUAAAAUUGGAAUAUCUUUAAAA